AUGACGUCGUCCACUGUGCUUUGGCCCGACUCGGUCUCGCCCACGCCCGGCAUCUGCUACGGAUGGGCGAGUCCUCUGCUCUGCGUGGCCGGCAUCUUGCCUCUUGCCACUCGUGAGGGUGUCCUGCAACAGGUAAUGACCAGCGCCCAAUGGCGCGCUGUUCGCUCCAUGUUCUCCUCCGACCCUCUCGUGCUCGGCCGUUAUGAACACAAUCUUGUGAUGUACGGCCGACAUAAACGCCAGUCCAUGAGGUUCUACGCGUUCGAUUUCAACGAGCUCGACAUCCUUCCGUCCCAGGGAACGGAUGACGGGGCUUCCUCCCACCAAUCUCCAACUGACGGCUACCUCAGCAUGGACCCAACUCGCUUACACUCCCCUUCGACUCGCAAGAGCCACGUCUUCGAUGGCGAAGUUUUGUCUCAGGUCAACCUGGCCCAAUUUCUUGCAGCACUCGUAGAGCGCGAAGCAAAGACUGCGGAGAUACCUCCUAGUAUUCCCGGGACACCCGAUCCCAACACUCACCGUGGCUCAAUGCCACUCAAGGUGGGGGAAACAGCUCAUCGAUCUGUCCCAUUUCGCAGCGCUCAGGGAUUUCUGAGCACUGCCUAUCGAUUUUCGAGGAUGAUCUCCACCACAGUGGAACAAUUUGAUGUUCGGUACGAACAAGGCGUAUACGUAUAUGGCGAGUCGCCCAACGUCUAUCACGACAAAGCGCGUACAGUCCAGUCCAUAUCGAAGUACAUAAAGUUCCACAACUGCGUCUGGCUUGUAUUGAACGACGCGAUCAUUGGCGUUGCGUUCGGGACUUUCCUCUGUGAGAACCAAUACUUUCUCGCACGAUGGCUCCAGUACGGGCUCCGUAUAUACUUGGUUGACGGCAUGGAAGACGCUCUGCUUUGGCUCAACAACUGGCCCGCAGGUCUCAAGCUCAAUACUGAGUUGAGCCAGUUCUACUGCCACUCCCUGAUCGGCUUUGUCUCUGCUUGGGGAUGGGUCCUAUCAGCCAUUGCGCCAUACUUCCCGGCCCUCAUAUGGCUCAUCGGCGCUGCAGGCUGUCUCGGGAUGACCACCAUCGUCUCCCUACUGUCGGACGCGCUCAGCCUGCUCACCGCGCACCUCUACUUGUGCUACUUCAUCUCCGCAACAGUCUUCAGUCAACAGCUGAGCCUCGCCGGCUCGUUAUGGAACCUCUUCCGAGGCAAGCGAUACAAUGUCCUGCGGAACCGGAUCGACAGCUGGGAUUACGACCUCGAUCAGCUACUGCUCGGCACCAUCCUCUUCACCCUCGUCGCGUUCCUGUGCCCCACAGUGCUCACCUACUACGCCCUUUUUGCAACGGCAAGGCUCACAGUGAUUGUCGUCCACGCCGGCUUGGACACACUGACGGCGCUGCUCAAUCACUUCCCUCUGUUCGCUUUAAUGCUACGGGUAAAGGACCCGUUGCGCGUGCCAGGUACGAACUGUGUGUAA